AUGGAUGAUCCACACGUAAUUCUACAAGGUGUUAAGUUACAGAAGCAUGACAUUAGAGGGCAAACGCUGCCCACAUAAACCACUUUUGUAUAAAAAGCACUUAACACGAGUUGAAAAGCGAAUCACUUGAAGCCACGACAAUGAAGUUUUGUGUUAUUCUCGUUGUGGUCAGUCUUCACUGCAUAGUACUUUCAUUCACUCAAGAUUUACGCGCAUUUCCUGAUGAUGACAGAUGUAGUAAAAAGGUUAACAUUGGAUUUGUACUGGAUUCAUCCAAAAGCAUGUCUUCCAGAGACUACAGAAAGCAAAAAGAGUUCGUCAAGUCUCUUGUUUCUACUUUUAACAUCUCUCCGKAUGCUAGUCAGGCUGGGGCUAUUGUUUACAGUGAUGAUGCAGUUAUAACAGCAAAAUUUGGUCAAUUCCCGUACUUACACCAGUUUAAACAGGCAGUCGACGACUUUGAUUACAUGGGCAAAAGGACAAGAAUUGACAAAGCACUCAAUCUGGCUACAAAAACACUUUUUACWUGGAAAGCAGGCGCUCGUCUAGAGAAUGAAAAUAUUAUGGUCAUCUUGACAGAUGGAUUACAAACGAUGGAUCCAGACGCUGUUCCAUURAGAGAUGCCGCGCGACCAGUGCAUGAUAACAAUAUCAGAGUUUUCGCUAUUGGAGUAGGCCAUCAUUAUAACCGGAGUCAGUUACGAGACAUUGUAGAACGUGAUCAAGACUUAUUURAAGCUGAAAACUUUGAUGCACUUUUGAAUCUCGUAAAAAAGAUUGCAAGAGGAACUUGUGCUCCUGCACCAGUUGUUCAUGACGGUGGUUGGUCUUCAUGGCAGCAGUGGGACGCAUGUGUACCUGAAUGUGGUGGGGGUUUACAAACCAGGAUUCGACUUUGUAACAAUCCACCUCAAAGUACUGGAGGAAGACCAUGUGAGGGUGUAGGUCAGCAAACGCGAAUAUGUAACCAGCAACCUUGUGAAGGAAAAGUUCAAUGCACUGCCAGAGCCGACAUUGGAUUUGUAAUGGAUGCCUCAAAAAGCAUAGGACCACGUGAUUUCCAGAAAGAAAAAGAUUUCGUAAAAGGAAUUGCUGGGGCUUUUAAUUUCGCUCCAGAUCAAACUAUAGCUGGUGUAGUUUCGUACAGCACCAACGCUUCGCUUGAAGUUGCCCUCGGACAAUAUAUGUCUGUAAAACGUUUUAAAUUAGCUGUUGAUCGAAUAAAGAAGAGUAAUGGCCAAACAAGAAUCGAUAAAGCUCUUUUUCUCACUCACAAAGAUUUGUUUGGCCGAAGUCGACCUGGUUAUCCAAAAGUAAUGAUUAUAUUAACGGAUGGAGUUCAGACAACAGACCCUGAUGCUAUUCCUUUAGAUAAGGCRGCAGAACCUUUGCAUCGAGCUGGUGUUCGAGUGUUUGCAGUGGGAGUUGGCGGACAGAUCAAUGAAACUGAGUUGCGUUUAAUGGUUCGCAGAGAUGAUGAUGUCUUUACCGCUAAAGACUUUGAUGACUUACUCCAAAAAACCUAUCAAAUAGCACAAAGAACCUGUCCAGUUGUCCAUGGUGGAUGGUCGUUUUGGGGACGAUGGGACAAGUGCACUCAAACAUGCGGUACUGGUAAACAAUUGCGUCGACGAGUUUGCAACAAUCCAGUGCCAGAAAAUGGCGGGAAUCAAUGUCCAGGAAUAAGUACUGMGAUAAGGCUCUGCAAUCAACAAUCUUGUGCAGUCGAUGGCAAAUGGGGGUACUGGUCACCUUGGAGUAACUGCGAUCGUGAAUGUGGCGGGGGCAAUAGAGCUCGUACACGUACAUGCUCCAAUCCACCUCCCAAAUACGGUGGCAGAGGAUGCUUCGGUCCAAGCACUGAAACGGAGUCGUGCAAUGAUAAGCCAUGUCCUGUUCAUGGCAGCUGGUCAUCUUGGAGUGAUUAUGACACGUGCAUUCCUGAGUGCGGUGGAGGCAAACAGACCCGAAGAAGAUCAUGUGAUAACCCCCCUCGUCGCUACGGAGGACGACCAUGUAUUGGAUUAGCCACAGAAUCCCGUGUCUGCAAUGAACAGCCAUGUCCAGUUAAGUGCUCUGCAGAAGCAGAUAUUGGAUUUGUGAUGGAUGCCUCAAAAAGUAUAGGAAAAAGAGAUUUUGAAAAACAACGAGACUUUGUAAAGUCGGUGGCUGACUCUUUCACCUUUGCUCCAGAUCAAACUAUUGCUGGUGUAGUUUCGUACAGCACCAACGCUUCGCUUGAAGUUGCCCUCGGACAAUAUAUGUCUGUAAAACGUUUUAAAUUAGCUGUUGAUCGAAUAAAGAAGAGUAAUGGCCAAACAAGAAUCGAUAAAGCUCUUUUUCUCACUCACAAAGAUUUGUUUGGCCGAAGUCGACCUGGUUAUCCAAAAGUAAUGAUUAUAUUAACGGAUGGAGUUCAGACAACAGACCCUGAUGCUAUUCCUUUAGAUAAGGCAGCAGAACCUUUGCAUCGAGCUGGUGUUCGAGUGUUUGCAGUGGGAGUUGGCGGACAGAUCAAUGAAACUGAGUUGCGUUUAAUGGUUCGCAGAGAUGAUGAUGUUUUUGCUGUACAUGAUUUUGAUGACCUUCUAGAAAAGACGUUCCAAAUUGCACAAAGAACUUGUGAAUCCGUAGCGCAAAAAGUCGAUGGUGAAUGGUCGCAGUGGGGCCUGUGGGAUAAAUGUAUUCCAGAAUGUGGUGGAGGGAGACAAAUGCGACAGAGAUCAUGCACUAAUCCUCCACCAAAUCACGGAGGCCGGUUUUGUUUGGGAUCAAGGACGCAAGCCCGUGCUUGUAACCAACAACCAUGUUCAGAGAACAUUCGCCAAUGCAGUGCGAAGGCAGAUAUCGCAUUUCUUAUGGACGCAUCCAACAGUAUUGGAGAAAGAGAUUUUCAAAAGCAAAGAGACUUUGUCAAAGGUGUUGCCAGUUCCUACGAGUUUGCAAAAAAUCAAGCCAUCGCUGCCGUUAUUACCUACAGUACCAAUGCUAAAGUCAGUAUUCCUCUAGGAAAAUAUAUGGCAGUUGAAGACUUCAAACUCGAAGUUGAUCGUAUUGGGUAUACGUUAGGUCAAACAAGAAUAGACAAGGCUCUAAAACUCGCUCGUACAGACAUUUUUAGCAUUAAAGGAGGGACUCGAUUUGGAUUUCCCAAAAUCCUUAUUAUUUUAACAGAUGGACUUCAAACUGAAGAUCAUGACGCCUUAGAUCUCGGUGAAGCAGUCAAACCAUUGCGCCAAGAAGGAGUCAAGAUUUUUGCUAUAGGAGUGGGGCCUAAUAUUAAUCAAAAAGAGCUUCUGUCAAUGGUAGAAAAUCCUAAUGACGUUUUCACCGUAAACGAUUUUGAUGAUUUGCUACAAAAGACGUAUAUAAUUGCUCAAAGGACCUGCAGCAGAAUUGAAGAGCCACCUGUACCUCCGUCAAAUAUAGUGUACUCAAGCUGGUCCCAAUGGAAGGAUUGGAAUAAGUGCAUUCCAGAAUGUGGUGGCGGUAAACAGACUCGCAGGCGAGUGUGCAAGAACGAUGGUGCUCUUCAGUGUCCUGGGAGGGAAAUCGAAACACGUGCAUGCAAUCAACAGCCUUGUAUUAAUAUUACAUGCUCUGCAAGGGCUGAUCUCUCCUUUCUUAUGGAUGACUCAGGGAGUAUUGGUAGUAGAGAUUUUCAAAAAGAAAGAGACUUUGUUAAGGCUGUUGCAGGAUCUUUUACUUUUGCUCGUGACCAAACUCUGGCCUCGGUUAUCAAAUAUAACCAAAAGGCAACCCUUGAGAUUCCACUUGGACGCCAUCUUAGUUCAGAAAGUUUUCGAUUGAGUGUUGACCAGAUACCCUAUACUCUAGGGCAAACACGAAUCGAUAGAGCUCUUCAUAUGGCUGCAAAAAAAGUUUUUUCGAUUGAAGGAGGGAGUCGACCCGGUUUUCCAAAAAUACUAAUCAUAAUAACUGACGGGAUGCAAACAAAAGAUCCAGACAGUAUCGAUUUGAGAGAAGCUGUAAAACCACUGCAACGAGCUGGUGUACUUGUUCUUGCCGUUGGAAUUGGCGCCCAUGUUGAUCCGCAACAGCUUCGGAAGAUGGUGUUGCGAAGUAGUGAUAUAUACAAUGUUACAGACUUUGACGAUCURCUAAACAAAGCUUACGUGAUUGCGCAACGGACAUGUAAUGUUAUUAGAGGUCCAAGAGUUCACGGUGGCUGGUCACCAUGGUCUGGGUGGACGAAAUGCAGUCUAAGUUGUGGUAGAGGACGCCAGAGUCGAGCAAGGGUUUGUGAUAAUCCCUUACCAUCAAAUGGAGGCUACGCAUGCCAAGGAUCGAAACAAGAGACACGAUAUUGUAAUACUAUACGAUGUUCAGAUAGAAUUGGGGGACAAUGGACAACUUGGUCUGUAUGGCAGCCUUGUUCAGCUUCAUGUGGCAAAGGCCGUCAAUACCGAUUGCGCUAUUGUUACAGCCUGUACGAAUCUGAAGGUAGACCUUGUAUUGGAAAUUCUAGAGAAGGUAGAAUUUGUUCUCUUGGUCCAUGUUUAGAUGGACGUUGGUCGCAAUGGAGCGUUUGGCAGCCAUGUUCAAUCACUUGUGGUGGAGGGAGACAGUAUCGAUCACGCUCCUGUACCAAUCCUGCGCCCGUCAACGCUGGCAAAUAUUGUGAUGGAAGAACCAGGGAAAGUCGUUUUUGUGCUACGACACCAUGCCCAAGAUAUGUUAGAGACGGUGGUUGGACUCAAUGGAGUGCCUGGCAGCGAUGUUCAAAAACUUGUGGGGGAGGAAUACAAUAUCGAUCGCGAUCUUGUACUGAUCCGAAGCCAUCAAACGGGGGAAAAUAUUGCAAUGGACAAUCCCUGGAGAGUCGCUUUUGUUCCACGACUCCAUGUUCAGGUCGUACAUCUGAUGAAAGAUGUCACGACCUAAAUGGAGAGGUGCUUUUCAUAUUGACUUCUUCCAAGAACGUAGGUGCAUCAAAUUUUCUCAAACAAAAAACUUUCGUCAAGAGAACUGCCGCGUCUUACGGUGUAACUCCUAAAGGAACGACUACUGGAGUUGUUUCUUAUGAUGAUAAUGUGAGAGUACAUGUUGAUUUUGGAGAUUACUCCGACCUUUUCACCCUUAAUAGAGCUAUUGACAAUAUUAACUAUAACAGCCWAGGAGAUAGAAGAAUUGACAAAGCACUUGCAGUAUCAUCAAAACAUUUCUUCCCUUCGAAAGGCUUGGUGUCCUAUAAUGUACCAAGAAUGAUAAUCUUAUUCAUUAAUGGGAGACAGACUAAAGACCACAACAGCAUUCCCCUUUCAAGAGUUGUCUUGCCACUGCACAACGCGAAAGUAAAAGUCUUUGUCAUUGCUGUCGGUCCUUCCGUUAAUCCUCGGGAGCUUCAAGUUAUCGUAGGUGAUAGAGCAAACGUUUUCCGUGUACGUGAUUUUGAUGAUCUUUUGAGAAGACAUGGCGAUUUCAUCCGAAAAACAUGUUCCAGCUUUCUCCCCAAAUUGCAACCACCUUGCUUGGGAGCAACAGAUCUGGGAUUUGUUUUGGACUCUUCAGAAAGCAUUGGCGCAUCAAAUUUCGAAAAACAAAGACAAUUUGUCAAGGAUUUYAGCUUAUCAUUUGGUGUUGGUUCUUUAACGACCAAUGUUGGAGUGAUAACGCACAUGGGAAGUUUUGGAUUCGUUCACUUUCGUUUUUUGGAUUACCAUUCCCUUGAUGAGAUUCGUCAGGCUCUCGAUAGAAUUCCUUACACAGUUGGGCAAUCUCGUUUAGACUUGGCAAUGGAUCUGGCCAUCAAUGAUCUGUUUACCGUUAGUGGUGGUGCAAGAUGGGAUAUUCCAAAGGUCCUAGUUAUACUAACGGACGGGAUACAAAGACAAGCAUCAAAAUUGAGCCGGGCUGCUAUCAAACUUAGUCGCGCUGGUGUUAAGGUUCUUGUAUUUGGUGUUGGCAGUGUUGAUCCUACUCAAUUAAGAGCCUUAGUUCAGUCAGAAAAAGACAUGGUUAUAGUGAACAAAUUCGAUGACCUUUUAUCAAGAUCUCAUGAGCUUGCGUUAAGAACCUGCAAUGACGAAGACGUUCGUGGUUCUUUUCCUCCGUCUCCAGGACCAACAUGCCAAAACAACAUGGAUGUAGCAUUUGCACUGGAUUCUUCGUGGGAAAUCAAACCACGGAACUACCAAAAGCAAAAACAAUUUGUCAAGGAAAUGGGUUCGUAUGUUGGAUAUACAGCGUACGGAAGUCGAAUAGGGGUACUAGCGUAUGGUGACACAUCGCUGAUUGAAGUAAGACUCGAUCAUCAGGCAAGUGGUAAAAAAUUCAAUCGUAAAAUUGACCAGAUGCCUUAUUACAGCCAGAGAAGGCGGAUCGACAAAGCGUUGACAACAGCUAGUUUGCUUUACAAAUUCCCGACCACUGGAGGAAAUGACCCAGGUUCCAAAGUACUGGUUCUUAUUGCUGGGGGACGAAGGACCCUAACUCGUGAUGCGUUACCAUUAUGGGAAGCGGUAAAUCCUCUGAAAAAAGCAGGCGUGAAGAUAAUAGCAAUUGGUGUUGGCAGCGAUUUAAUAUUACAAAAUCAACUAAAGCUCCUAACGGAUAAAAGAAACGUCUUUAUCGUUCCAAACUUCGAGGUUUUAUUGAAGCAAACAAGGAAUUUCAAAAGGAUAAUAUGUGAAGCCGGGGCGUUGAACAAGCAAAGACGAUCAUUUUGAGUCCAUAUCCAGUYUUUAUUGAAACUACGAUAAACUGUCUUGGAAUUGUAUAUACAUAGAGGAUAUAGGUGGGGACAAUGUUUACAUUUUUUGGCUUAAAAAUCAGAAAUCAGAUUUCAAGCUAAAAGAAACUCAAAGAUGAGGCAAUACCUGUUUUGACGAAGUGCAUCAUGGUAUUGAUGAAAGUCUCAAGUUAGCGACUCUUACAAAGCUAUAAGUACGAACUUUCUUUCAGAAGUUUACUCUAUUGGAUGUCGAGAAUCAUUUAAAGAGCUWUAUUAAAUGAGAUGCCAUAAACUGUAGAGUUAAAAUCCCCAUCUAGCUCUCGGAACACCAGAAACACAAACGAAAGCAAUAACAUGACUUAAUUUGUACUUACAUCAAUCACAUGGUGCAUCUCAACAACGUCAUCAUUGGAAAGGACUACUGCUUUUAAGCUUUUAAAAUAUUUUAGGAGAAAUAGAGCUCCGAAUUGUUAGAAAUGCCUGCAGUGGGUAACCACUGAAUGUUUACUAUAGACUUCAGUAUAGUUACUAUAGAUUAUAUAGUUUAGGGGCAUGUUUUGAAUUACUAAAACGAACGGUAAUGUYAAAUGCGAAUGAUGUUUUGAAAGCCUAUUGUAAGUCACAUAAAAAACUGCUAAACC